AUGCCGUUCGGGUUUACCCACGAGCCCAUCCGCCAGCUCGCCAACUCGGCCAUCACGACCUUCUUCAGCAGUAUAGAGGUCUUUGGCGCUGAGAAUGUACCGGAUGAGGGACCAAUCAUCUUCGCGUGUACCCACACGAAUAUGGCUGUUGAUCCUUGCGUCUUGAGCAAUGUCGUACCGAAACAGCAUCGUCUCCAUUAUUGGGUGAAAGACUCGCUAUUCAAAAACCCGGCAGUCGGCGCUCUGCUCAGGAAUGCUGGCAAUAUCGCGGUCGACAGAAAGAAUAAGAACAAUCAGACCCUGUUCCGCGGUACUUUCGAGGCUCUCGCUCUCGGUGAAUGUGUCGGUGUCUUUCCCGAGGGUACAUCACAUACCGAGCCGCACAUGAUCCCGCUCAAGGAUGGCGUCAGCUGGGCAGCGAUGGAGUAUGUGCGGUAUCUGGAGGGGACGGCGGAAAAUGCGGGACGCAAGAAGGGGCGCAAGGCGGUCGUCGUGCCCAUCAGCAUCGCUUAUGCCGACAAGGCAAAGUACAGGAGCAGAGUCGCGGUGCACACUGGCCAACCUAUAUCGACCGAGGAGUUCGAGAAGCAGUUCUUAUCGGAGAACGAGGGAGACAAGAAGCUGGCGGUCAAGCGGUUGACGAGGAGGAUCGAGUUGGAGAUGUGGCAGACUACUGUGAACGCACCAGACUGGGAUAGCGCUCUGGCUGCGCAGAUGGCAAGAGAGCUGCUGUGGGAGAAGGAGACCGAUUUGGCAUUAUCAGACUUUGUGGACGUGUCCCAAACCCUGGUCGACCUCUUCGCCACGUCCACGAAUGAGCGGAUCUCCGAGCUCAAGACGCUUCUCGUCACCUACAGCCGUCUCCUGACCACCUCCCGCCUCUCCAACGCCGCCCUGACCGACCUUCCCCUCCCCCAGAACCUCGACCCCAAAUCACCCAUCUCCCUCCCGAAUCGCUUCUUCGCCCUCUACCUCCUCAUCAAGGACUCGCUUGUCGCCCUUCUGCGGUUACCGUUCUUCCUCGUACCCCUCCUCACCCAUCUACCGGUCUACAUCGUCGCCGUCCUAGGCAGCCGGCUAGCUGAGGAUGAAGUCGAGACUCAGGCGCAGAUGAAGGUGGCGUUCGGGAUGAUCUUGACACUCCUCACCUACCCGGUGCUGUUCUUCUCCUUCUGGGCGAUGUUCAGGCAGAUCCCGCUUGGGUCGGCCAUCGCGGCGGGUGUGGUCUGGCUGUUGGGCCGCUACCACUCUGCCUUGAUCGACGACAACUAUGACGGAAUGAAGCGCCUCGUAGCAGCCUGGCGACUCCUCAUCGGACUCUGGCUUCCCGCCCGCUUCGAAUACAACCUCAACGCCUUCCUCCCCAAAGCCGCCUCCUUCGCGCCCAACCCACCGAAAGUCGCUGGCCUGCCCCCACAGACCUUACCGGAGAAGUACACCCGCCCGCCGCGACUUCCAUCGCGCGUACUGGUCCGCCACGUUCUCCGCGUCCGGAUCGAGGCGGCUCGUCUGCUCGCUUCAGUGCUGCUCGAGCUGGAGAAGGGGGAUACUCAGGUCUCAGCCUCCUUCUGGCUCGCUUCGACAUAUGGGGGUGAGGUGGAUCGGAGAGAAGAGGCAUUGGAGGUUUCAGAGUUGCCGGGUAAUUUCCCGAGAGGUGGGAGAGAGGGUGGGGAGGUUGUACGGUAUCUGAGGGAGAAGGGGGCGAGGUUGGGCGGGCCAAAGAAGAGCAAGGGGGAUUGGGCGGCGAGUAGUGGUGGCGAGAGUGAGAGAGAAUAG